ACUCAAAGAAGAGUGGCGAGAAUUUUCGUAUAUAAUUGGAUUAUAAUUUCCAAGUAGAGCACAGACGCAAUGGAUCCGCUGAGACUUCUGUUGGUAGGCCUGCUAGCUCUGGGCUGGCUGUGCGAGGUGGCACCAUCGAAGCACCAUCGCCAGUACGAGGACGAUGAGGAUCAUCAGUAUCUACCGCCGGAGGAGGAGCAUAUCCUGAAGCCGUUCUUCCGCAAGGACAAGCACACGAGUGAGCAUGUCGUCUACCACAAAGGCGAAGAGCAUCACGAGCCCAAGCGCGUGGAUCACUACCACCACUACGACAAGCAGCCGGACCUGAAGACCAACCACAUACACUACCAGCAAGCGGUGCCACAACUGCGCACCGCUGACCUCCUGACCGCUGCUCCCUCACAGAUCGUCACCCGCCGUCGUCGGCCCAAUCGCGUGCUCUAUGCAAGCGCACCCAACUCUGUCUUCCAUACGCAGAUCAAUGUGCAAUCGCAGGACUCGGAAUUGAGCUCGCAGAUAAGUGCUGAUCCUCUUGUGCCGGGGAUCAUAAUACCCACGGGUGCACAAGCUCCUACAGGUGCUCAAGCUCCUACCGGUGCACAAACUCCUACGGGUGCUCAAGCUCUAACGGGCGCCCAGGCUCCAACUGGUGCACAGGCUCCAACGGGUGCCCAGGCUCCGACUGGUGCUCAAGCUCCAACGGGUGCUCAGGCUCCUGUAACUUCUUUGCCCAAUUGCCAGUUCCCAGUUGCUGGAAAUCCGCCCAUUGGCUGCCGCGACGCUGGCCCAACUGGUGGACAAUUGCCAGCUGGAGCACAGCUGCCUGCCAAUACUGGACUUCCACCUGGAGGGGCACAGCUACCAGCCAAUGCGGGAGUCCCACCUGGGGGCGCACAACUUCCAGCUAAUGCUGAUCCCCCGGGUGGCGCACAACUGCCAACUAAUGCUGCGCCACCAGGUGGCGCACAGCUGCCAACUAAUGCUGCGCCACCAGGUGGCGCACAGCUGCCAACUAAUGCUGCGCCACCUGGUGGUCAGUUGCCAGCAAAUGGAUUUCAGCUAAAUGCCCAAUUACCAUCAAUUGGUUUCGUUCCCAAUUUAGGCAACGGCAAUAAUCUCUUCAUAGAUCCCGCCCGAAACGGGUUUGUCAAUCAGAAUCUAUUCGUUCCAGCUGUAGGUGGAGGUGCCUUCAUAAAUGGCCAGGCUGGCGGGGUGGUGCAGCGACCCGGUUCGGUUGUCAUACAAAUCGAUCCUGGUAAUGGAAACACCAAUCAAUUUGUUCCGCUCCUGGGCACGCAGCUGGCUGUUGGUCAGCCGCAGAAUGGCUUCAUUCCUGUUCUGGGUGCACAGCUGCCAGCUGGAGGCCAGGCACCAGCCUUUGGCAAUGGCAAUCCGAUUCAGGGAGCACAGCUACCAGCUGGAGGGCAAGCCCCAACUCUGGGUAAUCCUGUUCAGGGUGGACAACUGCCAACUGGAGGACAAGCACCAAAUCAGGGCAAUGGCAAUCCGGUCCUCGGAGCACAGCUGCAAUUGGGAGGUCAAGCGCCCAAUUUUGGCAAUGGCAAUCCUGUUCAGGGAGGCCAGUUACAAGUUGGAGGACAAGGGCCAAAUUUUGGCAAUGGCAAUCCCGCCUUUGGAGUUCAGCUACAAGCAGGGGGUCAAGCGCCCAAUUUUGGCAAUGGUAAUCCUGUCCAGGGGGGACAGCUUCCAGCGGCAGGACAAGCGCCCAAUUUUGGCAAUCCUGUUCAGGGAGGACAGCUGCCAGCGGGGGGACAAGCACCAGCUCUGGGCAAUGGUAAUCCUGGAAAUCCUGUUCAGGGAGCCCAAUUGCCAACAGGAGCACAAGCUCCAACUGGGAACAGCAAUCCCGUAUUGGGUGGCCAAUUGCCUGCAGGCGGCAAUGGAAAUCCAAUCCUAGGCGCUCAAUUGCCUACUGGAGCACAGUUCUUUACCCCCGUGCUUGGUGCCCAGUUGACAGCCAAUGGAAAUGGAAAUGGCAAUCCGAAUCUGGGCGCAGUGACUGUACGUCUGAAUGGACGGCGCAAUGGACGCCGCUGGCGCAAUCGCAGCAACUACCAGGGCCUCAAUGUGCUGCGCGGUAAUGUCUUCGGUCACCCAAAUCCGCAGGGACCCACGGGUGUUGUCGGCAAUCAUCAGGAUACGAACAUCAUCGAUGGCAGCUUCUACAGCUAUCCGGGUCAGAGUCGCAUGCUGGUCCGCUUGAAUGGCAAUCAACGCUCAGUGCUGCUCACCGAUGGCGACUACUACGACGAUGACGAUCCAACAAAUAUUGGCAUUGCCGCCAGCUCGCCGGAGCUGAGCUAUGCAGCGCCUCAGCACAAAGGAUCUCGUCACAGGGCCAGCUCCAGUAGCCGCAUCAUCAGUAGCUGUAACAGUGGCUGCAAGCAUUUCAAAUGCAGAGUCAUUAGCAAUCGGGUCGCUUAA